AUGACGCUGCCUGCUGAUGAGGACAAGCAGACCUUUAUGGACGUCGAUGCCCUCAGCGGCAGACUGUCCACUUCUGGCGUGAGGGGAGUGCUCAGGCGGGGGCUAAAGGUGUGGGCUUGCUGCCUCGCAGGUGUGGAGCAGUGUGAGCGGAAGGAGUUCCCGUGCGGGACUGGCGAGUGCAUCCCUUACAAGUGGACCUGUGACGGCAAGGCGGAGUGCAAGGACGGCUCAGACGAGUCCCAGGAAGCCUGCAGGUCUGUGACUUGUGAUCCGGGGCAGUUCAGCUGUGGUGGCCGCAUAAAUCGUUGCAUUGAUAUGUCCUGGCGGUGUGACUCACAAGCGGAUUGCGAAAAUGGAUCCGAUGAAGAGAACUGUCCCCCUAAGAGCUGUGCGGCCAGUGAAUUCCGGUGCCAGAACGGGAAUUGUAUCGCCACGGAUUUUGUCUGUGAUCAAGACGACGACUGCGGGGAUGGGAGUGACGAAGCCCGCUGCCCCGCCCCCGCCUGCCACCCGGAAAUGUUUAUGUGCAACAACUCCGACUGCAUCCCGAAGCUCUGGGCCUGCGACAAAGACGAAGACUGCAAGGACGGGUCGGACGAGUGGCCGGAGCACUGCGGAGCCCCGGGAGAGGCCCAGAAAACCCCCAGCCCCUGCUCUCCGCUGGAAUUCCGCUGUGGGAGCGGAGAGUGCAUUCACCAGCGCUGGAAGUGCGACGGUGGCUUCGACUGCCGGGAUAAAUCAGACGAGGCAGACUGUGUGAGAGCCACGUGCCGCCCAGAUGAGUUUCGCUGCGAUGACGGGACCUGCAUCCACGGGAGCCGGCAGUGCAACAAGGAGAACGACUGCAAAGACCUGAGCGACGAGGUCGGCUGUGUCACAGUGACCACCUGUGAAGGAGCCCGCUCGUUCAAAUGCCAUUCGGGAGAGUGCAUCUCCAUGGACAAGGUCUGCGACUUGCAGAGGGACUGCAGCGACUGGUCGGACGAGCCCGUCAAGGAGUGCCGAACCAACGAGUGCCUGGCCGACAAGGGGGGUUGUUCUCACAUCUGCAAUGACCUGAAGAUUGGGUACGAAUGUUUGUGUCCGGAGGGCUUCCAGCUCGUGGAUCAAAGGAGAUGCGAAGAUAUUGAUGAAUGCCUGAGCCCCGACUCCUGCAGCCAAAUCUGUAUCAAUCUGGAAGGAAGCUACAAGUGUGAAUGUAACAAAGGCUAUCAGAUCGACCCCGCCACCAAGACUUGCAAAGCGGUCGGCACGAUCGCAUACCUCUUCUUCACCAACCGCCACGAAGUCCGGAAGAUGACCCUGGACCGCAGCGAGUACACCAGCCUGAUCCCCCACCUCAAGCACGCGGUGGCCUUGGAUAUGGAGAUUGCCAGAAACGUCGUCUACUGGUCUGACCUCUCUCAGAAGAGAAUAUACAGCACCCCGAUCGACACGGCCGGCAACGACUCCCAUCAUUCCACUGUGAUCGGCAGCGGCCUUCAGAAUCCAGACGGCAUUGCGGUCGACUGGGUGCACGGCCUCCUGUACUGGACCGACUCCCACCUGGGCACCGUCUCCGUGGCCAGCACCGAGGGCCAGAAAAGGAAGACCCUGAUCAAGGAGGAGGGGGCCAAGCCCCGGGCCAUCGUGGUGGAUCCGGCGCACGGAUUCAUGUACUGGACUGACUGGGGGUCGUCUGCGAAGAUUGCCAAGAGUGGCCUGAACGGAGUGGACAGCUUUGCCCUGGUGAAGGCGGGCAUUCAGUGGCCCAACGGGAUCACCCUGGAUCUGGCCAGCCAGCGCCUCUACUGGGUGGACUCCAAGCUCCACUCCCUCUCCAGCAUCGACGUGAAUGGGAGGAACCGGAGGACCAUCCUGGUGAGCGAGGAGAAGCUAGCCCACCCCUUUGCCAUCACGGUCUUCGAGGAUAAAGUGUUCUGGACAGAUGUCAUGAACGAAGCCAUUUUCAGUGCCAACCGCAUCACCGGCUCGGAUAUCGUCAAAGUGGCAGAGGAUCUGUUUUCACCCGAUGCGAUGACUCUCUAUCACAACGUGCGACAGCCAAAAGGUGUCAACCAGUGUGAGAAGAAUGGCGUCCCAAACGGAGGCUGCCAGUACCUGUGCCUUCCCGCCCCGCAAAUCACGCUCCACUCUGCCAAGUACACCUGCUCCUGUCCCGAUGGCCUGCACCUGGCGCCCGACAUGCGGAGCUGCACCACAGAUAGUAACCUGGUCCCUGGCAGCCCAGGUUCUGUCAGCCUCACCGCUGUGCCACCCACCACGAGGACCACGACUGUCGUGCCACGCCUCACUGCUACUGCCAGGCACGGACCUGGGCACCUGCCUGCCGCCCCCACUGUGCCGAGCAAACAUGCCACGGCCGGUCCUGGACAUGCCACGGGUGGUCCUGGGCGCACCACCCCAGCAGUGGCCACCCUGUCCCAGGAAGCUCAAAACGGCAUCGCCGCAGAAACCGAUGGUGAAAAACAAGGCAGCCAAACGGCGCUCCCUAUUGUCCUUCCACUGGUGCUCAUUAGCUUAAUCUCCUUUGGGCUCUUCCUGGUUUGGAAAAAUUGGCGUCUUAAAAAUACCAACAGCAUCAAUUUUGACAACCCGGUUUAUCAGAAAACGACUGAGGAUGACGAGGUCCACAUUUGUCGGAGCCAGGAAGGAUACACGUACCCGUCGAGACAGAUGGUCAGUCUGGAGGAUGAUGCGGCGUGAACCCCCGGCGCCCCUCUCCGCCUGCCUUUGCUGCUCACGUAGCGGGGGGAGACCCUCUUCGCGUUCCGGCUUCCGUUCCCCCUUGGCUGCCCCGGCCGGCACAGACGGGCCUGAAGGCGGACGAGACAGUGCCUUGGUCACCUGGUGGCCUCUGCCCUCCUGGCCAAACGAAGCUCGAGGAGGGCCUGGUUGGGUUUUUAUGUUUCUGCAUAUUUAUUUUUGUCCGCCGUGCUGCCGGGAUGCUGGUGGUGCCACCUGCUGUGUCUUCUUGAGGCUUUGUUUUUGGGGGUGUGGCGUCUCUUUUCAUGUGUGCGAAGGAAAGCGGGGAGCCAGCAGAACUGCAUGCGAGUGCGGGAGUCUCGGGAGCGUCUUGUGGGCUGGCCUCUGGUGCGCCCCACUUCACGUCAGGAGCCAGCAGGCCGCCGUGAAGCAAGCGGGGAAGAAGAAGGGGCCCUCCCCUGCGGGGGCUUCGUUCGCUGUGGCCAAAGGACAAGGAAUGCUGGCUCAGGUCCGGCGGGCCCAGGGUUCCUUCCGGCUGGCUCCUCUGCUCCCGCCUCUGCCGCCCGUGCACUUUGUGUGUUCCUGUGUUGGAGCCCGCUUGUGAUGCGUUGUCGCCCGUGACCGUGUCUCCAUCUCUUUGCACUCGACUCCUUUGCCUCUCGUCGCCACGCCUGCCAGGAGAGAGAGAAAU